AUGCUGACCGAUGAAGUGAUCGCCAAAGUAGCCACAAGGGCCAAAGAGCUGGCUGCGCAUUCUUGGGAGUUUGGCACCGCCGCAGAAGCCCUCCUCGAGUUGGAGAACCCCGAACUUUCAGUCUUUCACAAGCAUGCAUUUUCACACGGCAAGAUUGCUUCGGAGGUGGACAAUCGCUGUCAGAGCCUCAAAUAUGUUGCACAACACAUUCAGAUAGAUGGGUCGAAAACUCUGUGCGCAGACGACACUGGCGUGGCGGACCCAGCAUCUCUCGGCGUCUCUGCAAUACUCCUCGGUCAGCGUCAUCCCGAAUACCUUGCUGCAGCACAACGCCAGGUCAGGUAUCUUCUCGAGGAAGCUCCACGAUACGGUGAAACAGCUAUUAGCCAUCGCAAAGACGUUGAAGAAGUAUGGGCAGACUUUAUUUACAUGAUACCGCCCUUCCUCGCCUUUUAUGCGGUAGCAGUCGAUGAUAUAAACGUUAUGGAGGCAGCAGUUGCACAGUGUGAGGCUUACUACAAGGAGUUGGCACAGAAGGACGAAAGUGGCCCUGAUCAUGGGCUAUGGCAUCAUAUUGCAGGUCCGAAGCAUGAUGAUCCUGGGUACUGGUCAACUGGCAACGGUUGGGUCGCGGCCGGUCUCACACGAGUCCUCGCGACGCUAAUGAGUUGGGAAUCAACUCGAGGUUCUGGCUUCGAGGGAGUUGUAUCACUCAAAAGAAUGAUCCGGGACUUGAUCGAUGGCGUUGUCACGACAGACUUACAUCGUCACGAAGAGGAGCUACUACCUAACUAUUUGUAUGCGAAGGAUGAUGAACCGUGGUUUGGGGAUGUAGCAGGCACUGCUUUAUUGACAAGUGCAGUAUAUCGUAUGAUGCGGCUAGACUACGAGCACUUUCGGCGUUACCGGCAGUGGGCAGACAGAAAGAGCAAGGCUGUGUUUAGUUGCGUGGAUCUUGAGAGCGGAAUUGCAAGACCAACCGUGGAUUCCUUAAAGCAUGCUCAGCGAGAACCUCUGAUGACGGGGAACCCUGAGGCACAAAGCUUUGUUGUUCUCAUGUGGGCCGCUAUGCGCGACUUUUACUUCACGCAAGAAGAGUGUUGA